GUUAUGUCGAUGGUUGCACAGACUAUAUACGAUGGUUGUCAAUUAUAAAACGCCUGAAACAUGCGCAACCAUUUUUACGUGAAUAUGGUCAAAUACAAUUACCAACUAAGAUUUACCAACGUAGAUAGGUGUUUUUUCUGUAUGUGAUAUAUAGAGAAAUUUUGAGAUUUAAAUAAUGGAUUCGAAAACCUCAAAUUAUGCUGAAAUGCAGAAAAAAAUUCAACUGGAGCUGGAAGAUCUUCAAAAAGAAGAGGAUUUACUUAUUCAGAAUCUUAACAACAUGCUGAAUCAAAAAGUGUUCUUGGGAGACAAAAUAAAAGGCCUCUCAAAAGUCGUACCCACCCUAAAAAUCAUCAGACAUGAAGCAGAGGAUCUGGUAAAUACCGUAAACGAUAUUUCAGACUCUUCAGAGAAAAUCAGUGGUAAAAUAAGGUCACUUGAUAGUGCCAGGAGUCAUGUAGAUGAAUGCCAGUUGCGGGUAAGUGAUCUGAUCGAUCUGGAAAUAUGUUCCCAAGGCGUUCAAACUGCGAUUCUGGACUCUGACUACGAAAAAGGAGCUGCACACGUCCAUAGAUUUUUGUCCAUGGAUCAGUAUCUUCUGAAAAGAACUGCCAAUGAUAUGGACAACGUUAGCAACAUGCUUAGAUCUGUCCGAACUUUGCAAGAUGCAGCAAGCCAACUGCGGGCUAUAGUCGAGCACAAAUUCAAUGAAGCAGUCAAUAGCGAGGAUCUGGUCUCCAUCGAACGGUUUUUCAAGAUAUUCCCUUUAUUGGGUAUGCACGAAGAAGGCAUAAAAGAGUUUUGUACGUAUUUGCGAACUAAAGUUGCUCUGGUGGCCGAAAAGAACUUAAAGUCUGCCAUGAACACUCCCCCUUCGGAUAAAAGACACAGCGUUAUCUAUGCAGACACUCUGACCUUACUUUUUGAGGGCCUAGCGCGGGUGUUGGAUACACAUCAACCUCUCAUCGAAACUUAUUAUGGACCCGGAAGACUUCUGUCAGCUAUAAAAAUCCUGCAGAAAGAAUCCGAAGUUCAAACAAAAAGAGUACUAUUGGAAUGGUCUAAGACGAGACAGAUUAAUAAGAAGAUUCAAGUUAUCAAUGAGUUAUCGAGGAUGAAUUCCAGCUCUAGUUUCAGUAAACUGGACAAAAUUGAUCCCAAGGAUUUGGAUAUUCUGAUUGGAGAGAUAACGCUGAUGCAUUUCAGGACCGAACUGUAUAUCAGGUUCAUACAAAGAAAAGUCAUAUCAGAUGCCGACGUAGGUAUCGCAAACCAAGAAGAAAAGAACAAGAUUCUGGUUUCUUUGGAACAGCUUGUGAAAAACAGUGAACUGAGUCAAUGUAAACACGAACUUUUGUCGCACUACAUCAGUCUGGAACAGUACUACAUGCAGGAGUCGGUAGCUAAAGCUAUCUCUAUGGACACUUUAGAGCCUGGGCAACAAACAUCCAGUAUGGUGGAUGAUACGUUUUUUAUUAUUAGGAAGUGCAUUAGGCGAUCAAUAUCUACCGGAUCUCUGGAUGGCAUAUGCGUUAUUAUAAAUAAUGCCUGUAGGGUCCUAGAAAGUGAUUUUGGAGAAGUCCUAAGGAGUAGAUUGAGGCAGGGUUAUCCUUCAGGAUAUUUGGAUUUGACACAAGCUUAUAAUGUCCUCCAAACAUCUAUACAACAGGGUAGAUUGCAAUCUGGAGACACGGAACAGUCAAGGACAGCUUUUAUUGUGGCUUUGAACAACGCAGAUAGCAGCACUAAUUAUGUGGAAACUCUUUGUGGUUGCGUCAUGCAAGAAAUCGAUCAGGCGUUGCCAAACAUGAACCAAAACGACAGAGGAAAACUGGAAAGCUGCCUUUCUGGUCUAUCGUUGGUAACUACAAACCUCAAAGAUAUUAUUGAAUACGGCAUACAACAGCUGAGGUCGACCUCUAUAAAACCUAGAGUGAAUCCUUGGGUAGAUUCGUUCCUAAAUAUAAAUCACCAUUUGACAGAAGAUGAACUUUCGGCUUACGAGGCUGGCGAAUCCUUCGUACAAACGUUGAUUAUGAAUUUGGAAACGUUCCUUUCUUCAUUCAAGGACGUUUUGUCGUCGUCCAAUUAUGAUUAUUUCACGCAAGUUUUGACGGCUGACGUUACUCAAAGACUGGAGAAAGUAAUUUUGAAGAGUACUUUCAAUAGGUUAGGAGGUCUGGUUCUCGACAAGGAAGUUAGAUCUCUGGCUGGGUAUAUGACGGCAACCACGUCUUGGUCCGUACGAGACAAGUUUGCCAGACUGACCCAGAUUGCGACUGUGUUGAAUUUGGAACAAGUAACUGAAAUCUAUGACUACUGGGGAAGCCAUGACGCGGCUCUGACUUGGAGGUUAACACCUUCGGAGCUUAGGAGCAUAAUGGCUUUGAGAUCAGAUUUCAAGGUUGAGGAAAUCAGGAGACUGAAACUUUGAAUUUGAAAACUGUUUCAACUCCAUUUGGGAUAAUUUAAUGAUGAACUCAAAAAAGUUUAAGGAAUAAUUAUAAAUAUUAAAGGCAUAAUUUUGACAUAAGAUGUAUCAGUAAAAAUUUGUUAUCGAUA